AUGUCUUUUUCAUUGCUAGUUGUUGAUUUCACCAAUGGCAUGUUCCCUCCCUCUAAAGAUAUUUGUAGUGAUUCUGAAGAGGCUUUGGCAUCUGACUUGGUGAACAAAGCAAUGAUGUUUCAUCCUUCAAUUGUACUUCAGUUAGUGACAAAAAAAACUCUUGAAAUAUUGCUCGGAAGAAGCAGUUUGAUGCCGAGUUUGUUCAUAGCUUCCAGAGGUGUCAACUUUGUUAACGAAAUAACUCCUGCAAAGGAGUCAUGGAACAUUGAUGUUCGAGUUGUCCGCUUAUGGUUCGUACCAGACAUGAAUGUGAAACAAAAAUAUUUUGCUAUGGAAACGGUUCUCAUGGAUGAUAAGGGUGACAAAAUCUAA